UGUAGACUUUUUUGUAACAAUAAUUGAAGUAUUUAUUUAGUUUAUUUAAUAACAUAUUAAAAGAUGUAUACAUAUAAAUUCUGAUUUUGUAGUUAAAUACUGUUACAUAAAGAUGUUAAAUCUAAUUGUCACUGUAGGUGUAGUGUUGCAUUUUGACAUAGCCUUGCUGCUUGCGUAGCAUGUGCUCUUUUGUUUGUUUCGGCCUGGUUAACGGCUACAAAGCAUAACAAUGACACUGAGCAUAACUUGAAUAUAACUGUUUAAUUCUGUUUUAAUUCUGUUGACUAAUUUAAUUAUGUGCAUAUAGUAAUGAUAAGUGUAAAAUAGCACAUUUAUACUCUAUCAGAAUCAUGUCACGAGCUAUAACAGUCCCCUCUUCACGUUGCAGGUGUUCCUAUGGAACAUGGAUAAGUACACCUUGAUCCGGAAGCUGGAGGGGCACCACAAUGAUGUGGUGUCUUGUGAGUUUUCACCAGAUGGGGCGCUGUUGGCCACCGCCUCUUAUGACACACGGGUCAUCGUAUGGGACCACCACAAGGCCACCAUCUUGCUGGAACUGGGCCAUCUCUUCCCUCCUCCGUCACCCAUAUUUGCUGGAGGGGCAAAUGACCGCUGGGUUCGCUCUGUGAGCUUCUGUCCUGAUGGCCGCCACAUUGCCAGCAUUACAGAUGACAGGUAAGACACUGAGCGACCU